GCAGGUUCGAGGCUGGCAGCUGCUCCCUCGGAUGUGCCGGCUGGGGGGAGCUCGGGGCAGCCUGCCGUGAGCCGGGCGGCCUGCGGGGAGGACACCGUGCGAUAAUAAUACCGAGCGGACACUACACCCACACUGGGAGACUCAUGCUUGGUAGAGGACUUAAGCGCAAGGUGAAUGAUUGCGAAACCAUGAACGACUUCUCUAGUGUCUGUGAUUGCAACCGAAAUAACAUGCCAUACACUCAUCAAAGGCAGCUGGUGCUAAACAUGUGCCUCAGUAAGCUGCAAAACUAUAAAAUGUUAGUGGAGCCUAACCUGCAUCGAUCUGUUCUUAUAGCCAAUACAGUUAGACAAAUUCAGGAAGAAACCAGGCAAGAAGCUAGCCAGCUGCCAGGAAUUGUAUGUAAUGAUGUUGCCUCCAACGACAUAGUCUACACAGGUAGCGAUUCCUGUGAGAACUCCAUAAACUUGGCUUGUGGCAUAAGCACAGACAUUUCUAAAGACUCCUGGAGUUUGGAGAACCCUGCUGACUGUUUGAUGGAAGUUACAGAUGAUGACAUGUCCUUGGCCAUAUCCUCUAUUCUCCGAGAUUUAGACUUUAUGGAGGACACCAGCCCAGCUCAAACCCCGGUCCUUGUGCCAGAAGAUCAACCAAAACCUCUGGACAAUGGAAGCAAAGCGGGGGACAAACAAGACUUAAAAGGAGCGGAAUGUAUGUUUGGUUCUUUCGAAAUAACGAGUUCUACGAGUUACUUAAAGGAUCUGUCUAUUGAUGACAUUUUCGAAGACAUAGACACAUCUAUGUAUGAUUCAGACUUUAGUUUCUCUUCUUUGGUUUCCCCAAGAAUACAGCCUACCUCGGAGGAGGCUCUCAAGAUGUUUACUUUGUGCAAUUCACCUUCAAACAAUAAUUUGCAAGUUUGCAGAACAGAUUUAAAUGAUUUGGACCAUAUCAUGGAAAUCUUAGUUGGGUCCUGACACCAAAUUUCUUGACCUCAUUACUGUAUUUAUCAAAUACACAGCCAGUGUUCAUUUGGGGGAAAAUAUUUUUGAACUCCUACAUAAUUUGAAGAGACUUAUUCCUAAAUAUCUUAAGAUCUGUAGUUUAUAGUGCUCCCAGAUCGAGACAGUUUCGAUUUUACGUUUAUACUUUUUGGGUUGGACACUUCCUAUGGAUUCCUGCAAGUGACUGUUCAGAGACUUUUGCAGGAACCUUUUUUUAACUGGAAAAUACUGAAAUUCAACAAAGCCCUACAUUUUCAAAGAUUAGUAAAACAACUAUUUUUGUAAGCAUCUUUCUAAAUUUUCCUGGUCACCUCUUGUAUAUAGCGGACUCUACCUCUUUAAGGCGAAGUGCUAAACCAUUUCUUGUGCUGUAUCUCUUUGCUUCUGUUAUAUUUUGUUUGUAGGAAGAUGUAGUUAUUUUAAGAGUCACCUUUUCAU